AUGGAUGAAGAAUCAACAGUACCGUUCUUGGAGGACACCACAAGCUCCCAGCUACCAGAAGAAGUCAAUGUUAAGAAGCGAAGCUUUGAGUACUUGGAGAACUUUCCGUCUCCAUUGAUACUUCUCCUGACAAGUACUGCAUCUAUAAGCGGAUUCAUGUUCGGUUAUGACACCGGGUACGUUUCCGCUGCAUUGGUGUCGAUCGGUAAAGAUCUUGGAGGCUCCCUGCUGACGCUACGUGAUAAAGAGGUCAUUACAUCAGCCACAUCACUGGGAGCUUUGUUGGGAGCUCUCACUGGAGGAUUAUUGGCUGACCUGUGGGGUCGUAAAAGGGUUAUUUUGCUGUCGAAUCUGCUUUUCAUAGUAGGAGGAGGUACUCAGGUGUUUUCACAGGUUGUCGAUUCGAUGAUCUGGGGUAGAUUCAUCAUGGGAAUUGGGGUUGGAGUGGGGUCUUUAGUGGCCCCAUUAUUCAUCAGUGAAUUGGCUCCUCCUCAGUUUAGAGGGCGACUGGUGGUGAUCAAUUGUCUGGCCAUCACUGGCGGACAGCUAGUAGCGUAUCUGAUGGGUGCUUUACUAAGAAACUGGAGAAUACUGAUUGCAAUCGGGUGUAUCCCCGCUCUAAUUCAGACACUGUUUUUCAUCUACUUGCCUGAUACACCAAGGUUUUACCUUAUGAAAGGGUACCAUGAUAAAGCAUUUCAAGUUUUGAGAAGGAUAAAUCCUGGCAUAUCAGAUACAGCUAUUGAAGACAAGAUAUUGCAAAUAAAUCAACAGAAUAAACAGUCUACUCUUGGUUUGUCCCCAUGGAGGAGCAUUUGGGUCAACUACAUCAGAAUUCACCGCAAGGCAAGCAAUCUUAGAGCUCUGAUCAUUGCAUGCUCCUUGCAGGCCAUCCAACAGUUAACAGGCUUAAAUGCGUUAAUGUAUUUUGCAAGUACAAUAUUUCAAAUGGUAGGCUUUAAAAAUUCUAAUCUAGUAUCAAUGGUGAUUGCUGGAACUAACUUCAUUUUCACAGUGAUAGCGCUUUUCGUCAUUGAUAGAGUUGGAAGAAGAAGAAUCCUUCUAUGGACAUUGCCCAUAAUGUCACUGUCGCUGUUCUUAUGUUCUGUCUGCUUUCACUAUAUCUCAGUAGCUUUUGAUCCAGAUGGACAACCAAUUAUAGCUCCAGGAACUGAAAAUGUAUGGGGUCACUUCCUCAUAUUGGCGUUCAUAUCUGUUGUAGCAUCUUACGCAUUAGGGAUCGGUAACAUUCCAUGGCAACAAUCGGAACUAUUUUCUCAAGAUGUCAGAGGCACAGGUAUUUCAAUAUCUACGGCGACGAAUUGGACAUCCUGCUUAAUAGUAAGCUCGUCAUUUCUGACUGCAAUGAAGCUGGUUACUCCGUCUGGAACAUUCCUAAUAUUUUCCAUCAUUGGUGUACUAUCUGUUGUUUUGAUCGCCUUUAUCUAUCCCGAGCUAUCAGGUUUGGAACUCGAGGAGACCCAAGAAAUUCUACAAGAUGGGUUCAACGUUAAAAAAUCUGUUCAACUAUCAUUACAAAGACAACGAACGCAAUAA